UUAACGUACGUUCAUUUUUUCUAACUUCUCCAGGCCAUUUUUUAUUUUUAUAAAAACAUAACAAAAGCAUUACGACAGCAUUGGCCAAGUCUUUUUUACGUUUAUUUUUAUUUUAUCCCAGUACAGCAUAAUAGAACCUAGUCUACCCUUAAGAGGCUGCCCAAGACUAGAAACACACCCGAGUCUUUCAAUCAUAACUCAUGGUUGGAUUAACCUUUUGACGUCAUUUUUGCUUUGUUUGAUAGAGAAUUAAAUUUGCUACAAAACCUUGAAAAAAGGAAAAAAAUUUAUUCACAGAAAAAGAAGCUAGGGCCAAAUAACUAAACUCAUUAUCUCACUAAACUUUAAUCCCUUAAUUAAUUUUUAAAUUAAAUCCUUCUUGUUUAUUUUUCUAAAAUUUCAUUUCCUCAAUAAUUUAAAAAAUUUAAUUCCCUAUCAAAUAAAAUCAAAAUCUUUUAGAAAAUAUGGCCUUUUAAAUGAAUUAUGGGCUUUAAUCCAACCCUCGUCUGGGACUCUCAAUCAUGUUCUCUAUUCACUUUAUUUUUUCACCAUUUUUUCCAUUUCCUUUAUUUUUCCUUUUUUCCUUCAUAUUUUUUCUUAUCCUCCCAAAAAAAUUUAUCUCCCUCUCUCUAUCCUUAUCUCACAUCCAAACGUUUUUUUCCUGGCUCUUUUAGUAUAAAGCAUUUUUCAACAGCUGACGCAUUUGUCCAUUUUUCUCUUUUUUAA